CUUUUCCCGUAAACAAAAUGUCAGCCUGCUGUCGACAUCGGCAGCUGAUCUGAGAGCAGUUUACAAACGGUCUGAUGUUGACGUUUGGCACCUCUCCUUCUGCUGAAUUGAAGUCACUUUUGUCUCUGCAUAUUUCUUUUUGACUCUUAUCAUGAUCAUCACUAACGGCGCGUGUUAAUCGCCAUCUGGGCCCGCACUUUAACGCCAGAAAUCUACAGAGGAGAACAAGAAUGGAAGAGAAAGCCUUGGAGGUUUACGAUGUGAUCCGAUCCAUCCGAGACCCGGAGAAGCCCAACACACUGGAGGAGCUGGAUGUGGUGACAGAGAAUUGCGUGGAGGUCCAGGAGCUGGGUAACGACGAGUAUCUCAUCAUCAUCAAGUUCUCCCCAACCGUCCCACACUGCUCCCUGGCCACCCUCAUCGGUUUGUGUUUACAAGUCAAGCUGGAGAGAUGUCUACCCUUCAAACACAAACUGGAGAUUUACAUCAGUGAAGGAACACACUCCACCGAAGAGGACAUCAACAAGCAGAUCAACGACAAGGAACGAGUUGCAGCCGCCAUGGAAAAUCCAAACCUCAGGGACAUCGUGGAGCAGUGCAUCAUUGAACCUGAUGACUGACGCCACACACAGUUGGUGUGUGUAUAUGUGUGCGUGCGUGCGUGCGUGUGUGCGUAAGUUUGUGUGUAUACAUUCAUUCAAGGUGUUGAGUCAGCUUGUGAAUGCGUGUUCAAGUGUGGCAGAGCCUCACUUUCAUGUAAAAAAAAACACACAAUGAUUAUAUAAAAUGAUUUUCCAUUUUACUUCUC